UGAAAUCGGUACCAUAUACAGAAUAACUCACUAAGCAUGACGUCAUACAACAUGACGUCACAUAUAAACAUGACGUCAUACAAAGCAUGACGUCACACAUAAACAUGGCGUCACAUAGAUAUGACGUCAAAUACAAGGCGUCAAAUACAAAGCAUGACGUCGUGUAAUUAUGACGUCAUUAAUUAAUGAGUUACAAUAUUUGGUUCUGAGUCACAUGAUGUACAGAUGCAAAUGUCAUUUGUCCAUCGUCUGUCUGUCCUUCCAAUCCAUCUGUCUGUCUGUUGUCUGCCCAUUCAUCUGUCUUUCUGUUAUCUGUCUGUUGUUUGUCCAUUUGUCUGUCCAUUUAUCUGUCUGUCUGUCCAUUUGUCUACAUGUCUGUCCAUCCAUCUGUCUGUCUGUUGUCUGUCCAUUCGUUUACAUGUCUGUCCAUUCAUCUGUCUGUCUGUUGUCUGUCCAUUUGUCUACAUGUCUGUCCAUUCAUCUGUCUGUCUGCUGUCUGUCCAUUUGUCUACAUGUCUGUCCAUCCAUCUGUCUGUCUGUUGUCUGUCCAUUUGUCUACAUGUCCAUUCAUCUGUCUGUCUGUUGUCUGUCCAUUCGUCUACAUGUCUGUCCAUUCAUCUGUCUGUCUGCUGUCUGUCCAUUUGUCUACAUGUCUGUCCAUCCAUCUGUCUGUCUGUUGUCUGUCCAUUUGUCUACAUGUCUGUCCAUUCAUCUGUCUGUAUGUUGUCUGUCCAUUUGUCUACAUGUCCAUUCAUCUGUCUGUCUGUUGUCUGUCCAUUCGUCUACAUGUCUGUCUGUUGUCUGUCCAUUUGUCUACAUGUCUGUCCAUUCAUCUGUCUGUCUGCUGUCUGUCCAUUCGUCUACAUGUCUGUCCAUUCAUCUGUCUGUCUGUUGUCUGUCCAUUCGUCUACAUGUCUGUCCAUUCGUCUACAUGUCUGUCCAUUCAUCUGUCUGUCUGUUGUCUGUCCAUUUGUCUACAUGUCUGUCCAUUCAUCUGUCUGUCUGCUGUCUGUCUAUUUGUCUACAUGUCUGUCCAUUCAUCUGUCUGUCUGUUGUCUGUCCAUUUGUCUACAUGUCUGUCCAUUCAUCUGUCUGUCUGUUGUCUGUCCAUUCGUCUACAUGUCCGUCCAUCCAUCUGUAUGUCUGUUGUCGGUCCAUUUGUCUACAUGUCUGUCCAUUCAUCUGUCUGUCUGUCCACCACCUGCCAGUGUCCGUUUGUCUCUAUUUCAACCAUCAUGCAGUAUUGUUCAAAAAUUGUCCCCAAGUGUCUCCCUGUAUGCCUAUUCAACACCACAGACCAACCCUAACCCAUAACCCUACCCAAUCUACUGUAGU